AUGCCCGAGGCAAUUUUCAUUCGAAAUGGCUGGUACGCAGGCGAAGAAGACCCCGCAAACCACGAGAACCCCUGGUACGUCGACGUCUUCUUCAAGGACCGCGAUAUGCGCAAGAGUGACAAGUCUCUCAUGGACAUUCUUGUCUCCGAGCUCUGGAGGGGACACGCCGCUAUCACGGCUGAAUGUCUGCAUCAUGCCCACUCGCACUGCAUCUCGCUCUUGAUUGAUCAUGACGGCACUGAUAUGGAAAAGAAGCACCUUGCCUAUCUCUUGGCUAGGAAGAUUCGUGAUACUGUUUAUGCGGGGCGGACGACUAUUAGUCGGAACAAGCUUUUCCGGGGGGAGGGCCUUGGUAUUAUUGGGCUUGAAUUUGAGGGUCCUCAGUUGGAGUAUCGUUAG